CAGGAUACAGAAAAAUAUUGAUGUGAAUAAUUUGCCAGGCUUUAACACUUUUAUAAACCCGAGUGUAGUUGGCUUUCAAAGGUCAUUUGUGGAAAUGUCUUGGACCGCUUCCUCCCUCCCCAUUGGCUAUGGCAAUUCCUGAGUCACUUGAGAAAAGUGACUCAGAAACGGGCAAUCCUCGAAGACCCAGAAGUCUGUUAGGCUUGUGGUUUAAACCACAAAUCUUCAUCAAUCAAGUGACUCAGAAACGGACAAUCCUCGAAGAUCCAGAAGUCUGUUAGGCUUGUGGUAUGUGGCUACCAGCAAAUCUUCAUCAACUAUGGGGUCAUGGAACCAACACAUCAUGAGGAAUUCCCGCUUUCUUCGUUUCAACAAACACCGGAUUUCCAACGAACUCGAUUUUCUCCUCCUGCUAGUUCUAUUUGCAAGCGUGAAAGGCUAAUAGAUGGAUAUUCCUUGUUUUUCCAUACUGUAUUUCAUUUCAAUUUGUAUGUUUGCACUAGAAGUAUGCAAGUCAGUCGAUGUGUUGAGCUCCUCUGAGACAAUUCGUGAUGGUGAUACUCUAGUGUCGCCAGGAGAAAAGUUUCAGCUAGGUUUCUUCAGCCCUGGAAACUCCAGCUACAGAUUCCUCGCAAUAUGGUACCACAACAUCCCAGAAAAGACCACUGUUUGGGUGGCAAAUGGAGAUAAUCCGGUGAAUGAUUCGUCAGGGGUUCUGAGGAUAGGUAGUGAAGGUAAACUAGUCCUUGUUGACCAAGCAGAAAGAGUCUUGUGGUCAUCGAAUAACAUGAAUGCUACUUCGCAAAGCGUAGUUGCUCAGCUCCUGGAUUCUGGAAAUCUAGUUUUGAAAGAUGACAGUGAAAAUGUCUCUGGAGACUAUCUUUGGCAGAGUUUUGAUCAUCCCUCCAACACAUUAUUGGUGGGCAUGAAGCUCGGGUGGGACCUGAGGAUGGGUUUGGAGCGGCACAUGACAUCCUGGAAGAGCGCAGAGGAUCCCUCAACGGGAGACUUCACCUUCGGUGUCGAUCUUGGAGGAUUAAUUCCCCAACUAGUCAUACGUAAGGGACGUGUCAAAUACUUCCGAAGUGGGCCUUGGAAUGGAAUACAGUUCGGUAGGAUGCCGAUGGUUCCUAAUUUGAUAUUCAUCCCCAAGUUCGUCAACAAUUCUCAAGAGGUCUACUUCACGUUCAACCAUUUCAAUGAAUCCACCAUCACGAGGUUGGUGUUGAACGCUUCAGGGAACCACCAACGGUACCUGUGGAGCGAGAAAACGCAGGAGUGGACCAUGAUUUAUAUGUUGCCAUAUGAUGCCUGUGAUGUCUACGGGAAAUGCGGAUCCAAUAGCAUGUGCACGAUCAGUAAUUCUCCAAUAUGUAGCUGCAUGAUUGGUUAUCAACCAAAGUCACAGGCAGAGUGGGAUACACUUGUGUGGAGUAGCGGGUGUGUCAGUAAGAACCCAUUUAAUUGUUCUAAAGGAGAAGGGUUUAAGAGGCUCAAAGGUGUGAAAAUGCCUGAUUUGUUGCAGUUCACGAUGAACACUAGCAUGAGCCUUAAGGAAUGUGAAUUAGAGUGCUCCAAGAACUGCUCAUGCAGGGCCUACGCGAACAUAGACGCCACUGGAGGUGGAAGUGGCUGUCUCCUAUGGUUUGGAGAUCUUCUUGACGUCAGAAUACUUAGCCGAUCUGCGAAUCAAGAUCUUUACAUUCGCGUUUCAGCCUUAGACCUCGAUUCAGUGAAUUCCAAGGGGAAAGAAUGGGUGGCAGUGGCGAUUUCCAUGGCAUUUGUCGUGCUUUCGGUGGUGCUUUUUUUCUGCAUUGUUUGGAAGAGGAAAAAACAUGCUCAAGGGAUAACGUUCCACCUUCAGGCUGAAGAUGAGAACAACUUACAGCUUCCGAUCUUUGAUAUGGUCACCAUUUUACGAGCAACUAACAACUUUUGUGAUUCAAAUAAGUUAGGAGAAGGAGGUUUUGGUCCCGUAUACAAGGGUCAGCUGUCCAAUGGGCAAGAAAUAGCAGUCAAGAGAUUGUCAGAAGACUCUCGGCAAGGUCUUAAUGAAUUUAAGAAUGAGGUCAUGUUGAUCGCGAAGCUUCAGCACCGAAAUCUUGUUAGACUUCGGGGGUGCUGUAUUGAAGAAGAGAGGAUGCUAAUCUAUGAAUACAUGCCUAAUGGGAGUCUGGACUCUUUCAUAUUUGGUAAAACAAGGGAAAAUUCUCUAGUGUGGAGAAGGCGAUUCGACAUUAUCAUAGGAAUUGUGCGGGGACUCCUAUAUCUCCAUCAAGAUUCGAGAUUGAGAAUCAUACAUAGGGAUCUCAAAGCAAGCAAUGUGUUGCUUGACAAUGAAAUGAACCCUAAAAUAUCGGAUUUUGGUGUGGCUAGAGUCUUUGGCAGAGAUCAGUCACUAGCAAAAACAAAGAGGAUAGUUGGUACUUAUGGUUACAUGGCACCAGAAUACGCAAUGGACGGGCUUUUCUCAACAAAAUCAGACGUUUUUAGCUUUGGGGUACUAUUGCUGGAAAUAAUAUGCGGAAAGAGGAAUAGAGAAUUCAAUCAUCCGGACCAUUGCUUCAAUCUUCUCGGACAUGCCUGGAAGUUGUGGCUUGAAAGGAAGGCGCCCGACUUCAUAGAUCCACAACUUCCAAAUUCUUUCGAUCUAUCGGAAGUUGUGAAAUGCAUACAAGUCGGGCUAUUAUGUGUGCAACGGCAUCCUAACGAUAGACCAAAUAUGUCAUCUGUGCUACUGAUGUUGGACAGUGAGAGUGCUUCCCUACCACAGCCCAAGCAGCCCGGUUUCUACAUUGAGAGGAGCUCUGAAAACACUGACGUUGAAAUGAGUCGAAGAGAUGGUAACUCAAAUAAGAUUACCAUAACAUUAUUAGAAGGUAGAUAGAUUGCCAAGCAUGUGCAGUCUCUCGCUUCUGCUGAGUCUUUCCAAUGCGAGAUUGCAAUGCAUCACUAACCGAGAGAUGUUCCAAGUUCACCAAAUGCGAUGUACCUAAUCAUGGAAGAAAUCAACAAGGUGAAGUUUAACGUUGGUCCGAUUCCUCCAGCUGCUAAAGCGGAUUGGUAAGAAAGACAUUUUGUAGCUGGGAAAGUGGGAAUUAACAGCCGCCCCACCCCAAACUCCGAGCAUAUACUGUGUUGGCAACAUCUAUUUCAAUACCAUGUUUUGAGUAUAGCAGUAAUAAGAAAAGAGUCUUAAUAAAUGAAAUGCUCGAUUAUAUUCAUACCGAAUGAUGUUACAAUCAUAUGAUACAAGUUUUCAAAAAAGGAAAUAACUUCUUGCA